AUCUCCUUCCCAGGCUUUACACCAGAGGCAGAGCUGGGGAAAUCGUGCGCGUGGCCUGGCACACGAAGAAGGCUACGGAGGGGCAGGACUACCAUGCAACAGGGCCCGGCGCCUACCGUGUUCGUCACCACGAGACCUCUUCAGAAUGGCCAUACAGGAAUAGAUCUGUCAGUCCCAGAGUAUCAAGAAAUACGCGGAAAGAUGAUGUCUGGACAUGUGGAAUAUAAUAUUUUAGUAGUUACCCAACUGGCUGUGUUCAAAACUGCCAAGCACAAACCCGACGACAACGUUCAGUUUAUGGUUUCUAAGAAGUACAGUGAUAUUGAUGAGUUUUAUCAAAAACUUGUCACACGUUAUCCACAAACCUCUCUACCCCCCUUGCCAAGAAAAGUGCUUUUUGUUGGAGAAUCUGAUAUUCGAGAACGCAGAGCUGCCUUCAAUGAGAUUAUGGGAUUGAUUUCUAAAGAUGUGGCUCUUGCAUCAAGCCCUGAGUUACUGGAAUUUCUGGGAACCAGAUCCACUAGUGUCAUUGAUGUCAAGAGUAAAAAUCUUCCCAAGAAGGAAGAAGAGGAUGACGAAACCGAAGGAUUUGAUUUUUUCAAAGAGGAAAAAAUACCUGAUGUCAUUUCUCAGUUAAGUUCAUUUAGAAGCCAGGAUGCCAAAAAGGAAACAGAAGAGGAAGAGAAUGAUGUGGAUCCACUGGGUGUCCUCAAAUCUAAAAAACUCAAGAAGCCCACGUCCUCACCUGCUCAAGAAGAUAAAACCAAGUUAACAAUUUUUCAUGGAGAAGUGGAUUUGGGAGAAGAACUAUUCGGUACAUUUGAAGAUUUUUCAUCCCCCAGCAACAAGAAGAUAUUGGCAGUCAAAGAAGAUGUGAAAUUAUUUGAAGGACCAGAUCUUGGUGGAAUGGUAACUCUUGGAGAUCCACUGCUUUUGCUGACAGCCAGUGAAGACAGAGAACCUGUGUUAAAUGUUAGUCCAGCUGAAGACAUAGAGGAACUAUUGAGAGUGGAAGAUGAUUUUGAAAAAAUGUUGCAAGUGAGCUCUAAACCCAAGCUUAAACCCAAGCCCAACAUAGCAUCUAAGCCAACAAUACCUAGGAAGCCAGUGAUACCUGAGAAAAAAUUGCCAUCUUCUCCAACCCAAACGGGACAGCCGGCAGAAGAGAAGAUCCAAAAUAUGGACGAGAUGGACAUUUUCAAAUACAUUAAGGAAAAUGAAUCCCUUAGUAGUGAAGAGCCAAGCCUUUUCUGAAGCACUGCUACUAGUGGGCUUUCCUCAGGAAGGAUUUCCAUCCGUCACCUGGGUCCUGGAUAUCUAGCAUGCCUUGGACUUGUGUUCUCGGUUGUCCUUUUGAUUGGUCCUUUGGCUCCAUUGGUUUUGUUUUUUUUAAAAAAAACCCCAAUGGAACUGGAUAUUGGGGUUAGAAUUCUGCAAAAAGUUAUGAAUACAUUUUUUUUGCCACAGAGCCUCAAUGUUUUAAUUAACAAUGCCUUGUUUUUAAAAAUGCAAAAGACUGUGGCCAGAACUGAUUCGAUAAAAAGAACAUUGCUAACCUUUGAGCAAAUGGAUUAUUUAGCUUGAGAAGUACCAGAGGUCAAAAUUAAUAAAAGGAACUAACAUGGCUGGAUUAAAUAUUGACACUAGGUUGGAAUCGUUGUUGUUUAAUAGAAGUUAUUUAUUUCCAGAUAGUUUUCAACCUUCUUGGAAAAAUAUCACUGAAGUUCAAGGAACUUGCAUAAAAGCAUUUUUCAGAGUCAUAUUUCUCUUUUAAGGGUUAUAAUGCACUGAGCCUAGGUCCUUGGGAGCCUGCCUAAGUGCUUCUGUAUGAAUGGCCUUAUUUGUCUCUCAAUUUUCUGAUCUGAUGGUAGGUUUUUGUGAUACACUGGAGCCACUGAAAUGUCUGCCGAACAUGGCAGGGAAAGAAUCUGCAAGAGAUUCCUGAAUAAUGAUGUGAAUGAUGGCUGUUUUUAAUAUCUUUGUAAUCUGGGGAUAGUCCCAUCAUCACCGUUAAGAAGGAUGCUUCUUUUUGAUGUUAAAGACCCUCAUUAUUGUUUGAUAGGAAGAAAAGUAUCAUUUGUUAGGUGCCAAGCCCCCAAUGCUUGUGGCAGAAAAUGAACAGCAGCACCUCAGGUUUGAUAGCUGAAUUAUAUAUGAUAGUUGAAUUAGAUGAGAGUUAAUAUUAUUUGACAGCAUACUCUUUUUUAUAUGAACAUCCUAUGUUUUUCACUCAGAUGACCCAGCCGCAAGAAAGUGAAUAAGCCAUAAGACUAAAUAUUUGAUAACUCAUUAACCUGUCUGAAUUCUAGAACUGAGUGAAUGCAAAAAGCAAUUAAAGCACUUUAAAAUAUGUACAUGUUUAAUGCAUAGUGUUCCAUUUAUAAUCAUAUGAUGCUUUAUUUGAAAUAAAAUGAAAUUAUUAAGCACUACUAAUACAGUAUUAAAAAUUUCCCUUGAGAAAUAAGUAACAACCGUGACUGAAACAAAAUAUAAGAUGGUGCAAUAAAAUAAAGAGAAGUUAGUUGUGCAGGAUGGGUACUAUUUGUUAUCUUUUCUCAUCUGCAAUCAAAAUGAACAAUUCUCUCCUGUUGAAGGUUGUUAUUGUAAGGGGCAGAGUUUUGAUGAUGAAUUGAAGAGAAAAGAAAUGCACAGCAAAAGGGUGACCCUACCCACUUGCCCUCUUUUCAUCAUCCCUUUUUCUAUUUCAAACAUCCCUUUCUUCCAUACCAGCUGUAGCCAACUCUUCUCAAAGGUCUACAUUCAUCACUUUUCAAGUACUUUUGACAUUAGUCCUAAGAGGGUUUUAUAACAUUGAACCUAUUCUAAACAGAACGGUAUCCUUAAAAACAUUCCCUAAUUUAGAAAUGUUAUAUUACAUACAGUACAGUACUGGACAAGGGGUACCAUGAAUAUGUUGAUGUAGUUUUUCUAAAUAUAACUGGGUUAGUGCUGAGAAACAUCUUGACUGCAGUUGACUUGUGCUUAUGGCCAGUUGGGGAAACAAAUUGCAAGAUGAGAAAGAAGACAAAUAGAUAUAGACAAGAGAGAGCUGUGACCCUGUGGGUUUGGCUGUGCCAAAAUGAGGCUCACUUGCUUCUCUGGCCCUAUGCUAUUACUUGUUUUCCUUUAGGUGGGGAGAAUCAAAAUCACACCAAAUCACAGAUAAAUGAUCCAAUAAGAAUACAGAAUCAAAACUAGAAAUGGUUGGUUGCACAAGCAUCGUAGAAUGUAUAGAUUUGUGACAAUAUAAUUGGAUUUGAUCUCCUAUGAUAAUGUUGAUAUCCUGAAGAAUCUUUAAAAUUCUGUUUUUCAACAGGAUAUCUGAUUUGUACUUUUUAUGUCAUUAUAUCAAAACGUCAAAUAGAAUUCCACAGAUUUUUCUCUUUAGUUUCCUUUUUUGAUAAUAACUAUACAAAUCUUUUAAGUGUUUCUAUAUUUUUUGUAGUUUCUAUUGAAGAAUUUUAAUUUUAAAAUAAUUACAUUCAGGAUACAACAUAUUGUAUUUUGUCCUAAAUAUUUCAUUGGAAACUUACAUAUUUUACAUAAUAAAGUAUAUUUCUGUGCUAUA